GGCGGGGGCCGGGCGCGGGGCAGGGCCGGGCUGCGCCUCGCUGGGCUCCCGGGCAGCUCCGGGGCCGCGGCUCUCCGAAGAGCAGACACUUGCCCCCGGGGGUCUGCGGUGUCGCAGGCGCCCAGCAGCCCUGGCCAUGAGGACCCUGUGGAUGGCGCUGUGCGCGUUGGCGCGUUUGUGGCCUGGGGCCCUGGGCGGCUGCGCCGAGGCCGGGCGUUGCUGCCCCGGCCGGGACCCUGCCUGCUUCGUCCGUGGCUGGAGGCUGGACAGGGUCUUUGGGACCUGCUUCUGCGACCAAGCCUGCCGCCUCACCGGCGACUGCUGCUUCGACUACGCCAGGGCGUGCCCAGCUCGUCCGUGCUCCGUGGGGGAGUGGAGCCCCUGGAGUGCCUGUGCAGACCAGUGCAAGCCAACGACCCGCGUGCGCACGCGCUCUGUGCAGCAGGAGCCUCAGAACGGCGGUGCGCCCUGCCCACCCCUGGAAGAGAGAGCCGGCUGCCUGGAAUACUCCACGCCACAGGGCCAGGACUGCGGGCACGCCUUCGUCCCUGCCUUUAUAACUACCUCUGCGUUCAACAAGGAGAGGACAAGACCAGCUGCAUCUCCACAUUGGGCGACACGCACAGAGGAUGCUGGAUACUGCAUGGAGUUCAAGACCGAGUCUUUGACGCCUCACUGUGCUCUGGAAAACCGGCCCCUGACUCGAUGGAUGCAGUAUCUCCGUGAAGGAUACACAGUGUGUGUGGACUGCCAGCCUCCAGCCAUGAACUCCGUGAGCCUGCGUUGUUCUGGGGAUGGCCUGGACUCUGAUGGAAAUCAAACCCUCCACUGGCAAGCAAUUGGCAAUCCUCGAUGUCAAGGAACUUGGAAAAAAGUUCGGCGAGUAGACCAGUGUUCUUGUCCAGCUGUCCACAGUUUUAUUUUUAUAUAGAUUGUGAUAUAAAUACUUCAAAAUGUGUUUGGAAACAUGCUAACUACUGUCAAGUCAUGUUCAGUGCUUGAUAAAUCUUCAAAAACAGUUUGGCUAAAUUCCCUGGAGUCAUGACAUUGCCAUACUCUGCAGUAGAGAAAGAAAAUUUAGGGACCAGUUUUCAAGGAACACAGUGCCUUCACUGUUAUUUUCAUUAAGUUGAUGACCCACCCUAAAAGCUCCUGUGGUUAUCUGUCCUUGACCUUCCACCCAGUCAAGAAUACAUGUUAGUUUGCACUAGAGGCUCUACAACAUGGUCCAGUUAUUGGUGAGGAGAUUGUCACACAGAGGAUUCCAUGCUUUGAGUGUUGCCGUCUUCCUUUCUAUUCCAUAAUCUCUUAAGAGCUUCUCACUUUCACAUAUAUGCUCACAUAUAAAUUUCCUGUAUAUUAUUCCAUAAAUUUUGAAAUAAUACUUUUAAUUUCAAGCACAUUAGCACAAAUAAUUGUCAACAAGGUAUGUUGUUUGAAAUUUCAGUAAGCAUUUGGUAAUGAAAAACCAACAGCUAUGCAGAAAACAUUUCUUGAAAAUGAAGAUUAUUUUCAUUCAAAAGAUCAAACACUCAUUCUAGAUCAAAAGAAGUUCCUUCAAAGGUUAUCAUUUUCAUGAAGAGAAAUUCUGGCACCAAUGCAUGAAACAGUUACUUUACAAAAAUUCUAUCCCCAUUUGCAUCUAAAGUUGUUUCCAAGGUGUAAAGCCUGGAGCUGAAUAAAAUAAUUCCUGAGUCUAACUUUAAGUUUAGGUAAAGUAAGCUUCCUAUUUCUCAUCGUUUUUUAAAUACAUGGGGUGGAAAGCAGAGGUAGAGAUGAGUGAGGUCACGGAGUGCAUGACAGAUGUUAUGAUCUCAUACACACAGCAACAUUAGUCUGUUUAUGUUAUGGUAGGAAAAUCCAUGAACUAGAGAUGAAGUGGCAUAUUUAGGGAGCUGGGAUGGCAAACUCUUCUGCACGUCUGCUACAGAGCCUAAUCCUGUCUUCUCAUCCAGGACUCAGCUUUCUUGAAAAGCCUGACCAUGCCAAAGACCGUGCUGUGAAAGCUAAGCCCAUUUCAUUUUUGAAGCAAAUUGUAAAUUCCAUAUAUUUUCUUUGGAGAUUGAACUUUGAGAUUUGAAUAACAUGAAAUCCCUCCCAUUUGUUUCAGCUGUAUAACAUAAUAUUCACUAACAGAUAAUUUACUAAAAUACAUAUUUCUUGGUACUUAUCACAUAAUGACAGAAUGACAACAGUAAAUUUAACAGGGAUGAAAAAGAGUCCCACACUUAACACUGAGAGUAACAUUAUUUCACUUAAUUAGUUGCCAAAACUGUUUUCGUAAAAAAUUGAAUCCUUCAGAAAUUAAUAAAACAUUUGAAUCUCAUCAAGGCUAGCAACUUCAAGUUCAGUAUUAAAAUUUUAAAGACUAUUUUUAGCACUUAUAAAAUGAGAUUUUUGAAAAAAUGUUUGGGUAAUUCCAGGUGUUAAAGUCUUCAUACCAGUCAAUAAACUUUCUGUUCACAAUUA